GUUUCAAGGGGUCCUGGUUCCCGUCUGGGGGCGGGGUCCCAGGGGCUGCCCGGGCCCUGACCCCUGCCCGGCCGCCGCCGAGGCCGGGGGAGGAGCUGAUUUCCUCCCGCUUCCCGCCUCCCGCCGGGACGGAUGCAGCGCCGAGGCUUCCUCCUCCUCGCCCUCCUCGCCCUGCUGGCGCUCACCUCCGCGGUGGCCAAAAAGAAAGACAAAGUGAAGAAGGGAGGCCCGGGGAGCGAGUGUGCGGAGUGGACCUGGGGGCCCUGCACCCCCAGCAGCAAGGACUGCGGCGUGGGUUUCCGCGAGGGCACCUGCGGGACCCAGACGCAGCGCAUCCGGUGCCGGGUGCCUUGUAACUGGAAGAAGGAGUUUGGAGCCGACUGCAAGUACAAGUUUGAGAGCUGGGGGGCCUGUGAUGGGGACACCGGCACCAAAGCCCGCCAAGGCACCCUGAAGAAGGCGCGGUACAAUGCCCAGUGCCAGGAGACCAUCCGUGUGACCAAGCCCUGCACCGCCAAGACCAAAGCCAAAGCCAAAGUUUCAUUCCUGACGCAAGGCAGCCCUGGAGGCCAGCAGGGCAGAGGGGAAUCUGCCCACGUCUCAGCCAAGAGAGGAAAGGGGAAGGACUAGCGGCCAGGCCUGGCCCCCUCCACAGGCCCGAGAUGUCACCCACCAGUGCCUUUCGCCUUUUGUUAGCUUUAUCAGUCGUGCCCUGCGUCUUCCCUUCCAUGCGCCCACCCCCACCCCAAGUGCCCGAAGUGGGGGGGACAAGGGAUUCCGGGCAGCUGGCGCCCCCCGCCGAGGGAUCUGAUUCCCCAGUACCCGCUUGUUUUCUUUCCCCCAAUGAUGCCAUUACUAAGAAAAAUAAAAUAACUUUUUUUUUUCCCAAUAAAAGCCUUUCUUUAAUA